ACUGUUCUAUACUUUGGUACAGCACAGCGUAGGCUAGCCGUCUCGGUUGGUUACAAGGACACGUGAACACAGCUGAUUUGCGAUUUGUUUUCUAGUAGACCAUGAGGAAAGAAAGUAGAAGUACUUCUCUUGUUGAUGAUGACGCAACUAGACCGACAAUCGAAACGUAUAAAGACUACGAGUACGACUACAACGAACCUUCUAAAGACAUUUUGUCCACUAGUCCUUUUCAUGGAGUCAUUUGGAUGUUACUUUCACUAGGAAUUGUUGGCAACGUAUUGGUUGUGGUGUGGAGACUGACACAGAAAAGAGAUCAGAGAUCGUCUCCUCUCUCAAUCCUUAUUAUCGUGCUAGCAGUUUCAGACUUCUUCUAUUGUGUUCACUUGAUUCUCUUGGAGACUUUAGUAGCGUUUGUCAAUCUAGACGAAACACAGAAUUUUUCGCAGAUCUUUUCACGUUCUAUGUGCAUGACUAGUGCUCUUCUGUCUUGGCUGUCUUGCUCCACAGCUCAGUGGACAAUCUUCAACAUUGCAGUUUACUCGUUUCAAGCAAUAACAGAAUGUUGUUCUCGUUGUUGCUGUUCACUAGUUCGCAAGGGAAAUCUGGUCAUCGCAAUCAUCUUUCAAGGUUUAUUGAAUGUUUUCGUCAUUAUGUUCAUGCUGGAUUCGUCGGGAAUGAGUGGUUUGAAUGGUAAUGAAGUUUUCAAUGUUCAUUUAGGCUAUCGAUAUGAUAACUUGCCUAGUAGUAACAGUGACUUUGAUUACGUGUACGUUAGGAACAGGUCUGUUAUUUAUUCAAGACGUGAACGAAUUACCGCGAUUUUCGGACAAUGUGCUUGGGCACAGUCGAGUGGGUAUGGUUACUGCAUCAAUCGCAUUGAUUCAACCACAGUUGGCAACUCUACUAAAAUCUACAACAGUAUUGUCUGCGAUAUAGAUAAAGGCUAUUAUGUUGCCUUGGGAACAUUUACGGCAUCUCAAAGUGCCGUUCUGACAUUGUCGUGUGUAGUUCUUUAUCUAUUGGUGUGUCUGAAGGUUCGUAGACUACCGUCUCAAACAGGAAGAUCUGACACACAAAAUCUUCAAUGGCGACUAAGUGUAAUUGUCGUCCUAAAUACUUUAUGUUGGAUUCCAAUAGCUGUGUUACAUUGGAAGAUACUAUCUAUAGAUUUAAACAGUACGGGUGGAACAUCCGUUGACUGGACAAACGAUUCUACUGCAGCAAGUGUUCUUCUCAUCUCAAUCAGUCCAGCAGUUAAUCCUCUCAUCUACACUCUCACGGGAAAAAACUUUUUACAUUCAAUUCGCGAGUUUUGUAGACGAAUGAAAUGCCACAUAUCUGUGAGACAAAACAGUUCCAACUACUAUGACGAUCACAUUAGAGGAGUUGAACGUUGCAGCUGUAUUCCUUGUAUCAGAUGUGUUCACCAAGAUGAUGUUCAUUGCAAUACUGAAGAAACUUCCGCUUGGAAUUCUGAUCAGAGCAGACAAUUGCUAUCUAUUGAUGAGUCAAGUGAAACUGUCUAGCAUGCACAUUCAUAACUGCUGCAUGCUAAAUGUGCGUCAUCAUAUCUUAUUCAUAUACGUUUAGUGCAUGCCAACUUGCAAAUUACAUCAUGUUACUAAAAGACAUGUUUGAACACAGCCCUAACUAGAUUUUGUAUUGGUAUUGUAUGUAGAUCUAGACACAUGUAUUGUUUGCUUUACAUGUUUAGCUACACUAGUUGCUGCCUGCUGAAGUUCUAUAAAAUACACGUUCGUGUUCUUUUUCUUUGCAA